AGGACCGGAAGUGUGGCAGGGCUGAAGGAGGAGGCGGAAGCCGGCUCCACGUGGGUAGAGCGGGGAGAAUGUCGGCUUCGCUGCUGAGAAAGGGGCUGGAGCUGCUGGAGACGGCGGCGGGACACCAGCCCGGGCUCAGCAGCCCCCAGCAGCGGCCGCGCAAACCCCUGAAGAGGAAGAAGGCGGCUCGGGGUCCUGGCAGGGACAAGACCACGGUCAAGGGCAAAGUCACCAAGUCGGCGAUAGAGGAAUAUCGGAAGCACCAGGCUGUGGAUCACUUGAAGAAGAACUUGCAGUACAUGACGAAGGGCCGAUUCGCUGCAGACAAAACCAUCACGCAGCAGGUCCUCGACCAAAAUAGGGGCAGGAAAUCUAGAGACCGUCCCCCAGAGAAGCCGAAGAAGAAAUCUGAAGGCACUGUCUUCACAGAGGAAGACUUCCGGAAGUUUGAGAGAGAAUACUUUGGGCGAGCUGGAGCAGUGUGAUGAGAAGUCUUGCAACUCUGAGCUUUCCAAAACUGAGUGUUCAGAGCAUGGGACUGACCCCGUCCUCGUGUUUGGGAUGGGAGACCAGGGGAGUGUGAUUAUGCCUCUUGCCAGCAUGUGUUUAGAUGUCACAUCCACUGCAAGACUUUACAUAUCUGUACGGAAUUUGUUAGUCGCUAGGAUGGAUGUGAUGCUGUAGACUCAAAAGCAUCCAGGGAGAUCAUGUUGUUAGGGUGCAUCAUAUUUCCUCUACUGCCCACUUCCAGCCAGCACCUCACUCAUGUUCUCUUGGAGCAGAGCAGACUCUUCAUUCAAGCCAGAUGCAAACUCUGCUCCUCUGAGGCAGGAUCCUUUUAUCAAUCUGAUCUGGAAAAGACAGCUUAAAAUGGCAUGUCUCAUUAGGGGAAGCACAGGAGAUGAUUUAGAGCUGAAUUGUGGAGCAGCUGGAACAAAUUAUCAGAAAAAGGAAGGAUGCUCUAGAAAGGAGAUGUGAGUACUAUUCAAACCUCUGUUUAGGUUAUGAUCUCCAUCAGGCAAGGACCUUCACUUUUUUUUCUCCUUGGGUAAUGCCAUGUAUGCUUAUGGUGCUUGAUCAGUAGUCACUAUGGCAAAGAGUGUACUUACUUACCUCUGUGGUGUAAUGAUUAUUCCAGUAGGAUGGGAUUGGCAGAGGUGAAACAGAUUAUUCAAGCAAUUCAGGCACAAUUCUUUUUAGGUUGACUUAGGGCUGUGUGAAAGGUCUCUGUUCUCCAUGUUACUAUAUGGGUAUUUUCUACUUUCCUUCUUCAGACUGCUGAGUGGAAGUGAAAUAACCCUUCUGUAUUGGACUC